AUGAGAGUAGUGCUCUUAAGAUUGAGCGACAAUGGGGAACCGAGGGUGAGUUGUUCUUACAACCAUGGUGUUUUGACGUUGCCAUCACUUCCUAUUCCGCCAGGAAGAAAGCCGGAAGAGCCGCUGUACACUGUUCGUUUAGUGGUUGCUGCUGGUUGUCCAGUUGCUAGGGAUGGUUUAAUAUGGACCAAUUGUCCUGAGAGCCACGAGGUUGAAUUUGACAGGAACAGGUUCCACAAGAAGUACAUUCGAGCUAGUUUCCACAAGGAUGAUGAGAUUGACUUAGAAGUUUAUAGUCCGGGGUCGUACUGUUUUUACAUUUCGUACCGAAAUGAGUCGAAUGAGCUUGAAACGACCAGGAAGUUUUAUUUUGUGGUGCCCCCAUCGCUUUAUUUGAAUGGGACAUUCUUGCCGUUGAACUCCAUCGCUUUGCAGAGCGUUGUUUCGAAAUGGAUGGGUAAAAAUUGGGAUCCAAUCUUCAAGAAAAUCGAAAGCAAGGGAUACAAUAUGAUCCAUUUCACUCCUCUUCAGCCCAGGGGCGAUUCGGAUUCGCCGUAUUCGAUCUACGAUCAAUUGGCGUAUGAUCCAGCAUUUUUCGAUAGUCCAGACGAUGUUAAGAAGAUGGUUGAGGUGUUGCAUAAGAAACACAAUAUCUUAGCGCUAACCGAUGUCGUGUAUAAUCACACGGCAAACAACUCGCAAUGGUUACUCGAGCAUCCCGAAUCGGGAUACAAUCAAGAGACUGCCCCACAUUUACUUCCUGCUAUAGAAUUGGACAAAUCUUUGCUCGACUUCAGUAAUAAAAUGAAAAGGCUUGGCUAUACCACAGAAAUUACUAGCGUAGAAGACUUAAUUGGAAUUAUGGAUGGUAUCAAGAUUCACGUCUUGGGGUCCCUCAAGCUAUGGGAGUUUUACGUCGUAGAUAUCGAACAGACUUUAAAGGAUUUAGCAACGGGCUGGGAGUCCGCUCCAAUAGACUCAUUGAAAGUACCUGACGACGUCAAGAACGAUCUGGUAAAGUUAGCCGCAUUUGUUCGAAUCGCAUGUGUAAACGACGGGUUCGGAACUCUUUCAAAGAGAUUCUCAAACACUUUGAAUACAAAUAGGUUUGCACAAGUUCUCAAGCAAGUGUAUGGCGAAAAGUGGAACGAUACAGUAGAGAGCCAAGCGCACAAAAUCCUCGAUGAGUUGAACUUGCCAUUAUACAGGGAAUACGACGAUGAUGUCCGUGUAAUUUUGGACCAGUUGUACAACCGUAUCAAAUAUCUUAGAAUUGAUGAUAAUGGGCCUAAAAUGGGGCCUAUAACCACUGAGAGCCCAUUAACCGAGCCAUACUUCACCAGGUUUACCGGCAAUGAUGGAAAAAGCUAUGCUCUCGCUAACAAUGGAUGGAUUUGGAACUCUAACCCUUUGGUUGACUUUGCGUCGAAAGAUUCCAAAGCCUACUUGCGUAGAGAAGUUAUAGUGUGGGGUGAUUGUGUCAAAUUAAGAUAUGGAGCGAAACCUGAAGACUCGCCUUAUUUAUGGCAGAGAAUGUCGGAGUACACAAGAUUGCAAGCCACCAUUUUUGAUGGUUUCAGAAUUGAUAACUGCCAUUCAACCCCUAUCCAUGUUGGUGAGUACUUCUUGGAUCUUGCAAGAAAGCACAAUCCUAAUUUGUACGUCGUGGCUGAGUUAUUCUCGGGAUCAGAACAAAUGGACUGCAUUUUUGUCGAAAAGCUAGCAAUUUCGUCAUUGAUUAGGGAGGCCAUGCAAGCUUGGUCCGAACAAGAACUUUCAAGUCUUAUCCAUAGGCAUGGAGGUAGACCAACAGGCUCAUACCGGUACAUGCCUCUUGAUGAUUUUGCUUAUAAUCCAGAAUUGGAAUUGGACGAAGAUUUCGUCACUUUCAAAAACAGUUCUGCUAAUGAAUUCAAAUGCAUUUCUGAAAUCAAGAUCCCUAAAUUCUUAUCGGCUACUCCUCCUCAUGCUUUAUUCAUGGACUGCACCCAUGAUAACGAAACUCCUUACGAGAAGAGGACAGUCGAGGACACUUUACCUAAUGCUGCUUUGGUUAGUUUAAGCUCUUCUGCAGUUGGAUCAGUUUACGGCUAUGACGAAAUUUUCCCUCAUCUUCUUGAUGUCGUGAAAGAAAACCGUCAAUAUUCGGUUGUUCCUGGAGACGGUAUCUCGAUUGUCAAGAAAAAGUUUAAUGCUAUUAGAGCGGAAAUUGCAAAACAGAGCGAUGAUAUAGAUGAUUCUGAAAUGCAUGUUCAUCAUGAUGGUCAGUUUAUAUCAUACCAUAGAACCCACGCUAGAACUGGACAUGGUUAUUACUUGAUUGCAAGGACCAAAUUCAAUGAAUAUCAGGGAGACCAACCAUCUCCAUCGAUAAAACUAGCAGGAUCAAGUGUUGAAUUAUUGUUCAGCUAUUCUCUAGUGAAAACCGGUGGUUUACCAGAGGACGAUGACAAAGAAAUCAAGGGUAUCUCCACUAAACUUGUCGAGCUGACUGGAUUCAAUAUUCAGUAUGAUGAAGAAAAGGGGGACAGUUCGGUAGACUUACCAAGCAAUUUCCCAGCUGGUUCUAUUGCUGUAUUCAAAACAAAACAGAAUGGGGUCAGCAAAGACCUAGAUGAGUUCAUUAGAACGGGUGCAAUCAAAGCUACGGAAAAAUUGAACCUACAUUCUUUGAAUGCCGUAUUAUACAGAUGUGGCCAAGAGGAAGCUGAUACUAGUGCCAACAGAAGUGGUGUGUAUACGAUUCCCGAGUAUGGUCCGUUAGUGUAUUGCGGUCUUCAAGGAUGGGUCUCUGUACUAAGGGAUGUCAUAUUUAGAAAUGAUCUUGCACAUCCAUUGAGUAAGAAUUUAAGAUUGGGCCAUUGGGCGUUAGAUUACGUCGUAGACAGACUUGAUUACUACAGAGAUAUUCCAGGUGUAACUGAUCUUCAACAAUGGCUGAAGGACAGAUUCGAUAGAAUUAAAAAAGUUCCAUACUACUUAGUACCUCGUUUCUUUGCUUUGGUGAUUGGGAUCGCCUAUGAAUCAUGCAGAUUCAGAGCUAUUUGUCAAAUGUCAAAGAAUAUUGGACUUUCCAAUCUCUUCGUACAAAGUCUUGCAAUGACAUCCAUUCAAAUGACGUCGGUCAUGACCUCUACGUCUUUGCUACCAGACAAGAAUGUAUCUUGUAUGGCAGCAGGUUUGCCGCACUUUAGCACCCAAUACAUGAGGUGUUGGGGUAGGGAUGUUUUCAUCUCCAUACGUGGCUUACUUUUGACUACAGGACGCUUUGAUGAAGCUGAAAACCAUAUUCUUGCGUUUGCCAAGACGUUGAAACAUGGUCUCAUUCCAAAUCUUUUGGAUGCUGGUAGAAAUCCCAGAUAUAACGCAAGAGAUGCAGCCUGGUUCUUUGUGCAAGCUGUUCAGGAUUAUAUAAAGAUAGUUCCAAAUGGAGAGGACAUCUUGAAGAAGAAAGUGAAGAGAAGAUUCCCACUGGACGACCGUUAUAUUCCUUGGACCGACCCAGAGGCCUUCAGCUACGAGACUAGCAUAGAAGAUAUAAUCUACGAAAUUAUAUCCAGACAUGCGAAAGGAAUCAAGUACAGAGAAGCCAACGCCGGGCCAAACCUUGACAGGGUGAUGAAAGACGAGGGCUUCAAUGUGGAAGUACAUGUUGAUUGGAGCAACGGUUUAAUAUUUGGCGGUUCGCAGUUUAACUGUGGUACGUGGAUGGACAAGAUGGGUGAGAGUGAGCUGGCCGGAUCUGUUGGUAUACCAGGAACGCCCAGAGACGGGGCUGCCAUUGAGAUCAACGGUCUAUUGAAGAGUUGUUUGAGAUUUUUAAUUGAGUUGCAAGACAAGGGGUUAUUCCAGUAUACUGACGUUGAAAAAGCGGAUGGGAGCAGAAUAUCGUUGCAGGAGUGGGAUGCGUUAUUGCUGGAGAACUUUGAGAAGAAGUUUUACGUUCCAGAGAGCCCUGAGGAUGACGCCAAGUACGACAUUGACAGGAGUCUAGUGAACCGGAGAGGGAUUUAUAAAGAUCUCUACCGUUCAGGAAAAGCGUAUGAGGAUUACCAACUCAGACCGAACUUCGCCAUUGCGAUGACGGUGGCACCCGAACUCUUCACUUCGGAGUACGCUUACAAGGCGUUAAACAUUGCAGACAAAGUGAUCAGGGGUCCCGUGGGAAUGCGUACCUUGGAUCCUAGCGAUUACAACUACCGCCCUUACUACAGAAACUCCGAGGACUCUACAGAUUUCCUCACUGCGAAGGGAAGAAAUUAUCACCAGGGUCCUGAAUGGGUGUGGUGCUACGGAUAUUUCUUGCGUGCGUUCAACUAUUUCCACUUCAUCACCAACCCGCUAGCGUACAAUGCUGCACGAAACACCCCUUCAUCCUACCUCUACCAACAGCUAUACAAGAGGCUCGACGGGCAGCGCAAAUGGAUAAGUGAUAGCGAAUGGGCCGGCUUGACGGAGUUAACAAACAAAGACGGAGAAUUCUGCGCGGACUCCUCUCCAACACAGGCCUGGAGCACGGGAUGUCUGCUUGACUUCUUCUACGAUUUGUGGAACGGCUUUGAGGAGUGA